AUGUUGGUGGGAAAACACAUUCACUUAUCCUUUGCUUUCUUCGGAGAAGAUAACACCACUUCUUACAUCGAUCGUCAAGUUCCUCUCUCUACUAGUACCAGUAUAGAAUGCAACUUUGAUACUGAUUUGUGUGGAUGGACCCAAGUUGAGUUCAUAGACACCGUUGAUUGGAAUAGGUUCACUGGAAGUGAGCCGUAUUUCUUCAUUGGGCCUUUGUUUGAUCACACUGAACCUAGCCAAAGUGGAAGUUACGUUUACGUUGAGGAUUCUGGGAUUUCACCUGAAAUCAUCGCAGGACUGUCGAGCAGCAAGUUCCCUGGAAUCCAGGGCGACGCCCGCCAGUGCUUUACUUUCUAUUACUACAUAUCCAGUGGUGAUGUCGUUGAUCUCACUGUGUACUUCGUGGUAGAGGGCGCGACUGAACGGCAAAUUGUGUGGAGUUUACCAGGGAAGGUUCUAAACAGAUGGCUCAUGGGGCAAUUUGAGCUGGGUGUUGCAGGAUGGUUCAUCAUCACGGCAAGACUGGAAGGAGUUCCCCUGGGAUUCAUCAGCGUCGAUGACAUCCAGUUUAUUGAUUGUCUUUACAAUGGCAAUGUUCGAGAAGAUAUUACCCUUGUACCUGGUAAUGUAGUCUACAUGUCGUCACCGAACUUCCCAAAUGUUUAUCCGAAUGAUGUGUCUCAGCUGUGGACCAUUACAGCACCUGAGGAAUAUGGAGCUCGCUUUGAUAUUGACGUCAUCAACAUCGAAGACUCUUUUGAGAGACUUGCUAUCGGCACUGGUCACGAUCCAACCGAUGAAAGCAGCAUCUUGGGAAGCUGGACUGGACAUCAUCUGCUUCAGAGCGUCACCGGGGUAUCUCUUCAGUACUGGGUGUCUUUUAAAAGUGAUCUAACCUUCAGAGAACAGGGCUUCGUCAUAGCAAUUUACCCAGUGCGUUUUGAAGAAUAUUUCGUCACUAUGGAAAGCGGGAAACUCCUGAACAUCACCUCACCCAACUACCCAAUGACUUAUCCUAACAGUCAAAUUCUUCUAUGGCUCAUCACCGCACCUCCCCAACAUGGACUCUACUUCCGGUUUGCAAGGUUUGCAACCGAAUCUCAACGAGACAUGGUGAUUGUCGGAACUGGUGAAUCCCCAUCUCCAGAUGCGGGCAUCCGACUUGCAGAACUCUCUGGAUUUAUUACUCCAAGUGAUAUUGUCUCUGAUGAUAAUGAAGCCUGGAUAAUGUUUAGACCUGAUUUUGAAUCAACUGAGGCAUCUGGGUUCUUUGUAGAAGUUAGAACUGUUGAAAGGCCGGACUGUGGUGCAGCAGAUGUGUUCCAUUGUCCUAAUGGACAUUGCCUCUCAAUGGAAGCUGUAUGCGAUGGAUACAAUGACUGCAAGGAUUUCACUGAUGAGGAACAUUGUCCCAUCUGUGUUGCUAUGCCUGAAGGAUGUAGUUUUCUCCUGCCUUACAACAUGACAUAUUUCCCCAACCAACAUGCUACCAGCUUAGCAGAGGCAGAGAGUAUUCUAGUGAAGGUGACAGAUAGCUGCCCUCAAUUAUUCAGCGAAAUUGUAGCAUGUAACAUGUUGUUCCCCGAGUGUCUUCACCAUGGCCCCACCCUCCGGCGUUGCAAGUCAUCCUGUCUGCAGAGGGUGGAGAUAUGUGCUGAAAGCUACGAGACCCUGUAUGGAGAGGACUGGCCGCUGGGUUGUGACUUGUUGCCCGAGACUGAAGAAGAUUUCUUUGGCAGGUGCACAGGACCAGAUGGAGAUGUUUUGAAUACAUCACUUUGUGGAACAAGACCAGCCUUUAACCCUUACCAGCCUCGGAUUGUGGGCGGAGUCAAUGCACAGGAGGGGGAAUUCCCUUGGAUGGUUUAUCUGUACUCUGUGGAUUAUGGUCAAUUCUGUGGAGCAACACUCAUCUCAUCAGAUUGGGUUGUAACUGCUGCUCAUUGUGUUUGGGGUAUAACUGAUCUACUAGACUCAGUCAUCAUGGGAGACCUUCAUCUGUCAAUUCAUUCGGAGCACCAUCUUGCAAUCGCUCCAGAUGACAUCUUCAUUCAUCCUGAAUACAAUGAUAUCACAAUGAAUGCAGACAUUGCUUUGAUUAAACUUUCUGAGCCUGUAUCCUUCACCGAGUAUGUUAGACCAGCCUGUCUCUCACAAACGCUUCAGGAAUUUGGAGACUACACGACGUGCAUCAUCACCGGUUGGGGUGACACUGAACACGUUGAGGCAGACACACUACGCAAAGCUGUUGUUAGGUUGAUUGAGGGUGAAAACUGUAAAAAACUCUAUGACAUCCCUGACGAUUAUGACACUCAGUAUCUUUUAUGCGCUGGUUUCGAAAGAGGUGGAAUAGAUACUUGUCAGGGUGAUAGUGGUGGUCCUUUGGUGUGUGAAGGUGCUGAUGGGAGAUGGCACCUGACAGGUGUAACAAGCUUUGGUAACGGGUGUGCUGAUCCAGGCUUUCCAGGAAUCUAUGCAAGGGUUUCAACUUUACUCCCUUUCCUGGAAUCUGUCAUAUCUGGAGAAUACCCUGCAUCAACUCCCAUGCCAAUCACCACUGAUCCCGUCGUUCCUACAAGUACUUCACCUACUCCAAUCAUCAACGAUACCGUCGUAGUCCCUACACCUGAAUAUGAUUUGAUCAGUCUCAACAUUGGAUUAUCCCGCCUGAUAUUCUCUCCCAAUUAUCCUGGUCGAUACCCGGAUGAUUCAGAGAAUGUAUGGGAAAUCAUCCCUCCAGCUGAUUCUGCAGUUCUUGUCCAUUUCAUCAAUUUUGAAUCAGAAGAUGAUUCUGACUUUUUAUACAUAUACAACGGAGAUGCGUAUUCUAAUGAAACGCUGGUCGCAAGGAUAUCGGGCUCUACUCUACCAAGAGAUCUGGCUGAGGUGACUUCAAAAAUGUGGAUACGGUUUCAGAGCGACUAUGCUGGGGGUCUAGAUGGGUUCCUACUCACAGUUACUGCCAUAAGCAUCCCUUUUAAUGGUUCCUGUGCACGAAGCUGUUGUACCAGUCUAUUAGAAAGCUGUAAUCGGGGUGACUGUUACUGUGAUUCACAGUGUGCUUUACUCGGUGAUUGCUGUUGGGAUUUCCCAAAUGUCUGCGAAUAUGAAUCUCCAACAGAGCAGCCAGUAUAA